ACACACACACACACACACACACUGUACAGAGAGUUUGUUGGACUAGUGUAGUCAUGUUGGAGAGAGACCACAUAGUCACAGUGGUUUACACGAUGGGGAUCAGCCUGGACUCGUCGUGUAAGAGAAACUUCCCCCUGUGGGUCUGUUUGUACUCUGGUUUCCUCCACACGCUGCUAAAGCUGCAUAAAAGUUAAGCCGUACAAAUGACAAUAGAAAAACUUGUGCCAAAGGGAAAUAAUGGUGAAUUUCUAAAACGCUUCAUGAAGUUAUUAGACGAGAGACUGCUGUUCACAUCAGAUAAGUGUUUGUCCAACUCUUGUCCGCGCUGCUCAUGAAAGACCCUCAUUGACCCGGCAGCGGUGCGGAGUGGAUUCCACGCGGUUUAAACGGUUUGAGCUGCUCCAGUGAGGUUGACGGAGGACGCUCGUGGCACUGCAGUACGAGGAGCACUGAUGGACACCCUUUGGUCCUUCUUGUCUUCUCUGUGAGGACGAGAACCUUCUUGUAAAUAAGGCCACAAAGAGAAAGAUGUGCUGUGAUGCCCAUGCAGCACGGCCCCUCUGGACCGGGAACGCGGGUCGAUUUAACGCACGCCGCGGUGCAUUAAGAGGAAAGUUCCCUCCCCUCCAGCCCAGGACAUCUAGUGAAAGAGGAAGCGAGCAGGCAAGGAAAUUCCCAGAGCGCUUUACCGCUCGGUGUGGUUUGAAGAGUGAAGACCGGCCGGAGUCAUGUGACCGAGCGCGUUGUCCUCAGGCUCACAUCGCUGCUAGAAUUAACAACCUUCAUUUUGUGUGUGCGCUCUUUUCCUGUUGAGUCAGUGUUUGAGUCCCCUAAAAGAAUUCAACGAAGCAUCCAUUCCAUCUCCUGACCUGUGCACCGCCACAGGGGGCUGUGGUCACCUGACCCGUCGCUGUGGUCACCUGACCCGCCGAUCCGGAGCUGCCCAGAGGCCGUGUUCAUUCAGUCACACAUUACUGCAGGUUGUGCCGUUAUCGCCCAGAAAACAUUGUACCCACGAUGUUUUCACAACAACAAAUCUAUAUUUCAGAAUUAUUGAAUGAAUUAUUAUUAGCUGUUUAGCUGUAAGCAGGCACGGUAUUUUCAACCCUAAAAUAUUCAUUUGAUUUCCUUAUUUGAAUUUGACGAGGAAAAGUAACUUGAUGAUCCUUUUGAGAAAAAAAUCACAAUCAAGAUGUGCUUGAUGUUCUUUUGUGUAUAUAUAAAAUGAAUAUCUACUCCAAGUACAGUGCGUCACACAGACACAAUUCUACUGAUGGUUCCACGAUGACCAGGAGGAGGAUGAGGACGACUUUCUUCUACUGUACGUUUCUCAGACGUCACGUAGUGUGAAUAUAGAGCGCAGCCCGGUUUUGUUUCCUCUCCAGCUGAUGAGGAAGAAGGAAUGCUGCUGGUGGAGCUGGUUUGUUCACUGUGCAUCUGUAGUGGAAGGUUCAGUCGUUGAUGAUUUCUGGUAGACUUUGUGUACCAGUUUGAGUGACAUGCGUGCAUCACGUGCACUCCGCUAGCUGCGCUACUCUUAUGACCCAAACCCUCAAGGAGUUCUGCAGAGGAACUUGUUGUAGCCGCAGGCCGCCCUUCUUCCCCAGAGAGAAGUGUGGGCCGACGCGAGUCAUUUCAGCGCAGCUCGGAGUGGAAGGUGCAGCAGCGCUGCCCCCUUCUGGUGCAACGUUGCCUUCCAGCCCCCCGGAUUCAGGUCAGUAUCAACGCCAUGAGGCAGAUCUCUGUUACCGUGGGAACACGGCUCGCAUGCGUCCAUGAGCGGCGGUAGAUGAGGAAUGAAUGGCUGCAGCGCGGCGGCGGUGUGAUCAUCAUGUGCACGCUGCAGCACACAGUCUCCUCUGUUCCCGCUUCACGCUGCCACUCGUGAGGGUGCGAAGAGGACGCCCCCCCUUAUGGCUUCUUCAUACACUAUGAUCGGUACCGUCAGGGGCUUUUAUGGGCUAACAACUGAAACUUUUACAGACAAAAGGUCCAAUGUUGAUGCUUUUUUCUUUUCUCAAACCGUUUGAACCCGUUAAAGAGAUGAUGCCACGAGGAGCCUGCGGCCUGCUGUCAUCACAGGGACACCGUUCCCUCUCAAACUGCUACCUAACGCUUCACGGGGCCUACCGGCCACUUUUCACAAGUACAAAGGAGCAGGGAACUUGGAUCAGAACCUCAGGAGCUUUGUGCAGCGACGGUGGGAGGAGGUCGUGCUUUGUCUUCACUGACCAUGAAACAAUUAUUGUUCACUAAAUCCUCCUCAGCAGACAUGCUGCUUCUGACAGCUACUGGAGCUUCCCGGGCUUACUGAUCAGUCACAACGUUUGUUUGUUCUGGAGCAAAAAGCUUCACAGCGGCUGAAUGCUGCUGCUGCUGCUGCUGCUGCUUGUUCUUGAGUUUGGCUUUUGUAGGAAUCUCAAAAGCCCCGGAGUAUUAAAUGACGAGGUCUGCAGCACUAAACACUGCAGGGAUUGAAGCUCUUUAACUAGAAGUCUUUUUUCCCCACUAGGAACAACUUGUGCGAGUGCUCCAGGAUGACACACACACACACACACACACACACACACACACACGUAUUGAAUGUCCUUUUCCUGCUGCCUUGUUUUUCACUGCUCUAUUCUACCACCAGGUUUGCUGGGAUGGGUAACCUGCUAAAAGUCCUAACAAGGGAUAUAGAGAACUAUCCCCACUUUUUCCUGGACUUUGAAAACGCCCAGCCGACAGAAGGAGAGCGUGAGGUGUGGAACCAGGUGAACGCCGUCCUCCAGGACUCGGAGAACAUCCUGUUGGGCCUGCAGGCGUACAAAGGAGCCGGCCAGGAGAUCAGAGAUGCGAUUCAAAACCCCAACGACUUCACGCUGCAGGAGCGAGCCUGGAACUCCGUCUGCCCGCUGGUCAUCAAGCUCAAGAGGUUCUACAGUUUCUCUCUGCGACUCGAGGAGGCUCUGCAGAGCCUGCUGGAGUGCCUGACGUGUCCGCUCCUCACGCCCACCCAGCACCUGGAGCGGGAGCAGGCCCUGGCCAAGCAGUUCGCUGAGAUCCUCCACUUCACGCUGCGCUUCGACGAGCUCAAGAUGAGAAUUCCCGCCAUCCAGAAUGACUUCAGCUACUACAGAAGAACGAUCAGCCGGAACCGGAUCAACAACAUGAACCUGGACAUUGAGAAGGAAGUGAACAACGAGAUGGCCAACAGGAUGUCCCUGUUCUACGCAGAAGCCACGCCCAUGCUGAAGACGCUCAGCAACGCCACCACAAACUUUGUGACGGAGAACAAGAGUCUUCCCCUGGAGAACACGACCGACUGUCUGAGCACCAUGGCCAGCGUGUGCAAAGUCAUGCUGGAGACGCCGGAAUAUUCCAGUCGCUUCAGCAGCGAGGACACGCUCCUGUUUUGCAUGAGGGUCAUGGUGGGAGUCAUCAUUCUUUACGACCACGUCCACCCCAACGGUGCCUUCAACAAGUCCUCAAAGAUAGACAUGAAAGGCUGCAUAAAGGUCCUGAAGGAGCAGCCAGUAGACAUCGUAGAAGGCCUCCUGAAUGCCCUCAGAUUCACCACGAAGCACCUGAACGACGAGUCCACGCCCAAGAACAUCCGGGCCAUGCUCCAGUAGAAUCUGCUCCUUUUUUAUCCGUAUGAAGAGGUUCAAUGCUCUGACCUCAAAGAAGAUGUACAUGUUUACAUUAUUUAAAAAGACUGGAUGUUAAUACUGGCGUGUAUUUGCAUAGCGGAGCUAUUGAGAGCUGCGGAGCAUCUUCCCUCUGAAAUGACCACCUGAAUGGCCUACUGAUCACAGACGAUGGACCCCUGUCGGCCUCACGUCCCCGAGCUUCUCCCUGGAUCUUCUCAAUCUUUUUAUGACAAUGGAAUUAGUUUAGUCUGCAGCUCUUGGUUUGUGGAGCUGAAGUGAAUUAGUUUUUCAAAGCGUGUAACGGUAACGGUUCAUACCAGCGCGUGCCGGUCGGUUUGAUGUGCGCCGCGCUGAAAGCACUCAGGUUGUUUCCUGUUUUUAUAGCCGGCUGUUGCGUUGCUCUGCUUCGUUUUCUUCACGCUUCUGUUGAAAUCUGCAUCCACUGUGAAGAGGAAAGUGACUUUGCACACCCGGUCAGAUCCAGUAUUGAAAAGGCUGCGAUGAUGAAACAGGAAGUCAAAUCUCCCACCGGACGUUUUAUUUAACCGCUCCUCCACGUGGCCAAACAGGCAACGUUUUAAGUGACUUUUGUAUGAAAAACUCUCUCAAAGAAAAGCCCCAAAAAGAAUAAUGUUGUCCCCAAUAAAUUAUAUAAGCUUAAGUGAACUACUUUUUUUAAUGUUAUUUAAAGUUCGGCUAGUUUGACUCCUCUCCUCUGGUGAGACCAGUGGAACCGGCUCCAUCUUUUUAUAUCGAACGCUGACAUUGUUUUAAACCAUGUUUCAGUUUUGUCCAUCAAACUACUGCUAGAAUUGAAGGUUCCUUCUCACUGUGUGAGAGGCGUUCCCUGGUGGUAGCCGGCGUGGGAACCGGCACGUGGACGGUCCUGGGCUCCUCUGCCUGACCAGCAGCUCCUCACACCUCCACGUGCUCCCCCGGUCGACACCCGUGAGCGCCGUGCGCCGCCGCCGCUGCGGAAACCUGGUAUUAUGAUGAUAAAUAUGACGUCACCACGGCCCUGCGACCGUGAGGCGCGGAGACCAGAGUGGCCUCAAAGCGUAGCAGGUAGAAACCUGGACGGCCAUCAUGUUUCCUCCAUCAGCGCGCAGGCAGUGCUCCGUGCACGCCGUCCAGUUACUGACGCUGAUGAAAGAAAUGCUGGUGACUGAAGUGCACAAAGCUUCACUCUCCCCACAUGUUGCUACUGGGCGCUAAAGGCCAGAUGUUACGAAUACUGAGACACAAUCAGCUGUUUAUCUCAAACUGACGCUUAUUGUUUUCGUAUUUCUUGAGUUGAGACUCCAUGUGGAUAAUAAAUAGUGGCUUUUGGCUUUGUUUUUGUAUGUAUGGGGCGUUUGGAUUGGGUAAUAAAAUGGGUGCAUUUCUUAUACAGAA